CGGGGACCUCUCGUGAACCGCGCAUAUUUGGGAAGCUGACCGGGUCUAGCUUCCGAGCAUCGUGCGGGUUUAUCCAGUGAACGACAGAGAGCCGUGGAUUAGUCCUAUGCAGCGCAGCUGUAGUGAUCGGACAGUUGACACGACGUUGAAACUUUCCCUCUCUGCACGAUGAAUGCUUCAUUUGCGGCGUACGCGUCGCAGUUCCUCACCCGACAGCAGCAGCAGCAGACGCAGGCCUCUAGCUUAUCUUCAAGUCAGCCGCUCUUCUUCUCAUUUACCACCGAUAAUGGGUCACGCGGGGGUAAUAACGAUACUGAUUUGGACGACCUAGAUGACCCUCAUUUGCGCGCGAGUGAGAUGAGCAGGGCAGGGACGCACGGGGCGUCCUCGAGUGCGCGGAGGGUGGAAGAUGAUGACGAUGAAGACCCGUAUCUGAGGCUGGACGAGGACGACAGUCCUGCGGGUGGGCCGGAGUCGCACUCGAUACCACUCCUCCAGUCACACCGCGAGCCUAGUCAUGGCUGGCUGGCGCAUGCGUCGCCGCUCCGACCGGAUUCGCCGUUGUCGACGCCUUCGUCUGAAGAGGCUCCCAGCCCGCCUCGCAAUCCCAGCCCGCCCUCGCGGUACCCUCGAGCACAACCGCCUCCUCCACCUCGGACAGCGAUUAACCUGUCCUUGACCGAGUCUCUGCUCCCGAGAGAUGGCAGUACACGAGCUACCGACGCCUUUUCUCUCCCGGACCCCCGUCAUCUCCACCGCGGACGCCGGAAGUACAACGACUCGAUAUGGACGGCGCUUUGGCUCGGCAGCGUCGGCGUAUGCGCCUUUUUCUCCAUCCUCCUUCUCUUCCUCACCCGCAGACCGAAAGACACACACAACAUUAGCCUGCCAUACCCCACGCUUCUCCAUACAGUCCCGCUACUGACGAUCAUCACAUUCCUGAGCGCACUGGUAUCGUAUGCGCAUAUAUUUCUGCUGCGCAUAUUCGUUGCUCCGGUCGUCUUUGCUACGUCCGUGUUCAUCCCUGCCACCCUAUUCAUCUCCGCGUUAUGGGCGUUCAUAGGAAGCUUCAUGUGGGAUGGGGAUCAGGAACCGACAUGGGGUGAAACCGUCGGGCUCCGACUAUUCUCCCUCGUUCCUCUCAUCCUCUCCCUAAUCACAGCACGCCGCCUUGUCCACCUCCCCCGUGAAAUCCACACUACCUCGUCCCUCCUCACCCUCGCAACGCGUCUCCUCGUCGCCAAUCCCUUCCUGCUCGCACUAUCCCCCGCCAUCCUCCUCGCCACGCUUCUCCUCUCCAUCCCUUUCGUGACGCUCAUCUUCCGGCUGCUGCUCAUCGGCUACUUCACGCAUAACACCAAGCAGGGUACGUGGGAGUAUCAUGUGAGAGCCUGGGCCGGGUGGGCGAUUGUAGGCAGCGCGAGUGUGUGGAUGUGGUGCUGGGCGGUUGCGCGGGGCAUCUUGAGAGUAACCACGUCCGGUGUCAUAGGUGCAUGGUACUUCGCCGACCAAUCCGCACCGCUUCCCCCGCCCACAGACACGCACACGAUCCACGCGGCGCUCUUCCGCUCGACGCAGCCCGCGCUGGGCACGGUCUGCCUCGCCUCGCUCAUCCUCACCGCGACGCGCGCCUUCCUCCUGCUCGCGUCCCUCCUGCGCAUGCUGCCCUCCGCGCUGCCGCUCCCGGUGCAAUUCCGCCCGCUGCUCGUCGCGGCGGCGUGGCUCGCGGGGUUCCUGGAGGGCAAGGCGAGCAGCAUGAGCACGUACGCGCUGUGCUACGUCGGGCUGACGGGCCAGCCGUUCUGGCGUGCCGCGGAGAGGAGCGGGGAGUUGACGUGGAAUGUGGGCGGGGAGAGCCGCGAUCCGAGGCAGCCGGGGAGGUACAGAAGGAGGUUCAAGUCCGAGCCGCCGUUGACUCUGCUGACUGUUGCGCCGCUGACGCUGACGUUCCCCUUCGCGCUUACGACGUACCUGUUCGUGGCGCACACCUUGAACGCGCCGGACUCCGCGCUCGGGGCUGCGCUGCUCGGGGGUGGGGUGACGGCGCUCGUGGGCGUGUUUUGCGUGGGGCUGGUCAGGGAUACGGCCGACGCGGUGUACAUGUGCUACUGCAUCGACAAGAGCCUGGGCCAGAAGCGGAGGGAGGAGGUAUUCGACACUUUCGAGUACGACGUGCGAACGCCGUCGGCGCCUCCGCGGCAACGGCACCACCAGCCGGCGUUGAGCGAGGGCCUGCGCCUCGCGCGCGAGCCGCUGUCGUCGCUGCACCAGCACGAAGACGACUCGGGGUCGGACGAGGCGGAGCCGGAGCCGGAGCCAUUCUUCCCCGAGCCGCGGGCGUACGACGCGGAGGUGCCGCCGUCGUAUAGCGGGUACGAGGCGAAGCGGUCGGGGGAUCUGGAGACGGGGUUGGGUUCGGGUUCGGGGCUGGGGUCGGGAUUGGGGAAGUCGAGGGUGGAAGGGGAAGAGGGGGAGGGGGAGGGGGAGGAGUCGCAGAUGUUCCCCGGCUCGGAUCUGUUCUGA